CAUCCAAACUAACUUUUGACAUCGACAACCAUGGAUCAAGUCGCAGCAAAAAAGAUCCUUCAAGAACUCAUAAAGCGCGAUGACCUCAAGAACAAGAUUUGUGUAGACUGCGAUAAUCCAAAUCCACAAUGGGCCUCAGUUAGUUUUGCGAUAUUUCUGUGCUUGGAAUGCGCAGGUUUACACAGAGGGUUCGGAGUGCACAUCAGCUUCGUGAGAUCAGUUUCAAUGGAUACUUGGCAGCCCGAUCAGAUCAAGCGUAUGCAGCUUGGCGGGAAUGCUCCUUUCAGACAAUUCGUCGAGUCAUACACACCAGCAGAUCAAGGCGGAUAUAAGCAAGGUACCAGUGCCUACACCACCUACCAUUGUUGGGCAGCUUCGCAAUAUCGGGAGAAGUUGGACGCGGCCCUAGCCGGAAGGUCUUGGUCUCCAUCUGCACCACCAGUAGAUACACCAAACUCUGGCAGUCGGACGAGCUCUCCAGGACGUCCGUCCUCUGCGCAAGGUUUGCGCAAGUCGCGUGCCUUGGCGCGUAACCACCUUACAUCCCCGUCCUCCGGAAGUUCGCCGCAACCUUCUCCUGAUCAAACCACUAUGGAUCAAAAAUCUGCCAACGAGUCUUUUUUCACAUCCCUCGGUCAAGCAAACGCCACUCGCCCUGCAGAUUUACCCCCGUCCCAAGGCGGUCGUUAUCAAGGUUUUGGAAACACGCCUUCGCCUCAAACCUCUCAACACCCAUCAUUCGGUCUUUCAUCCACCGCAACCCCUUCGCUUCAAGACUUCCAGGAUAAUCCUGGGGCCGCCCUAAGUAAGGGCUGGUCCCUUGUCUCUGCAGUCGUCGCUGGUGCAUCACGUGUUGUAAAUGAAAGUGUCAUUCAGCCUGGAAUGGAGCGUGCUUUGGAUCCAAACUUGCAUGCCACCGUCCGCGGGUACAUGUCCGAGGCGCAACGUCGGGCACAGCUUGCAGGCUAUUCGGCAAAUGAAUGGUCCAAAACUCAGCUGGGUGUUGAUGUUGCCGAUCAUGUCGGAGGCGUUGUGGGGACAGUUAAAGACAGGCUCGGAUCAGGGCCACAGAGCUCAGGGUAUGGUGCCCUGGCCAUGCAUAACGAGGGGGAGACGUCGGCUCUCUAUCAAGAUGACACGGAUGAUUUUUUCGGCGAGUAUUCCGAUGGACGUACGAGCCUGAGUCAGCCGCCAGGUACGUCGAAGACACCUGUAUCUGCUCCGAAAUCCAACGACGAUUGGGGCGAGUGGAAGGAUUUCUAGUUGGGUUUGGUAAUAUAGAUUUAAACCUGGAAGGAUACCCUGUUCGCAUCUCUAGUGACUGUAGUUAUCUGUAGUUACUGCUUUACUCGUACGACAUAUACAUAGUCCUGGUGAUCGACAUCGCCAAGUACUGCAGAUCUAUUUACGUGAAAGU